AUGGACGAUUUACUUGAUGGUGAAUGCUCUUUCGAUUGCUUCCAGGACACAGAUACGCACUACAUGGCUUUCUUAAGCAAAGUUGGAAGGAUAUUUAGGCAGACCAGCACCCAUGUCACUGCCUCUAGCUCAAUGCUACAGAGCAUUCGUUGCAUGUCUUCGUCGAAAAUCUUUGUUGGAGGUAUCUCCUACAGCACUGAUGAGUUUGGCUUAAGAGAAGCUUUCAGCAAAUAUGGAGAGGUUAUUGAUGCGAAAAUCAUUGUGGACCGUGAAACUGGUAGAUCGAGGGGCUUUGCUUUUGUGACAUUUACUUCUACCGAGGAGGCUAGUAAUGCCAUGCAAUUGGAUGGACAGUUUAGCAGCAACGAACCACUAGGCAAUGAUACGGAUCAUCAGGUUGAAACCGGGUUUGGCGGUGAUGAACAAUUUGGUGGCGGUGACAAUCAAUUUGGCGACUCAGAGAACGGUAAAACAGAGAAUGGUCCAGAUGGGUUUGAUCAAACUGUUGACGGCGAUGUUGCCAAGAGAGCUUAA